AUGGACUCGGCAGCCGCGAACGGGCACUUGGAGACCGUGCAGUGGCUCCCCGCGCACCGCGUCGAAGGCGGCACCGAGGCCGGCGUUGUCGAGAUUCGGGACCGCACGUCGGUGGCCGACGACGAUGAGUCGGACGCUUCGGGCGACGACCCUAACCACCGACGCUGGUCCGUGUUGUAA